UCUACCAAUGUUCUUCACUACAACUCCUUCUAUUAAGUCAUAAUUAAUUAAUUGCUUAUUGGUCCUUGAAGAGUUGAUCAAUUACAUAUAUAUAUAAAGUAAGAUGUUUCUCGCCGGGAAAGUGGUGGACACCCUGACUGGGGGUCUCCAUGGAAAAAAGGUAAAGGGCUCGGUUGUGCUGACCAAGAAGAAUGUGUUGGAGUUCAAUCCUUUGGCUGCUACCGUUAACGCUGGCUCUGCUAUUUUCGAUCGUUUAGGCGAAUUCUUAGGUAGUGGAGUUACUCUACAGCUCGUCAGUGGUCACGUUGCGGGGAAGCUGAGUAAAGAAGCUCACUUGGAGAACUGGAUUACUUCUCUGCCAACCUUGUUACCAGGAGACUCGGUGUUCAGAGUGACUUUCGACUGGGAUGAAUCUAUUGGAAUUCCUGAAGCUAUCAUCUUCAACAACAAUCACGUUGACGAGUUCUUCCUCAAGACCAUUACCCUUGAUGACGUUCCUGGUCAUGGUGUCGUUCGCUUCAUCUGUAAUUCUUGGGUUUACUCAGCUAGAAAAUACAACUAUGAUCGUAUUUUCUUCAGAAACAAGUCAUAUCUUCCAAAUGAAACACCAGCAUCGCUGCUCAAGUACAGAAGGGAAGAGCUUGCGAACUUGAGAGGAAAUGGAAAAGGAGAGCGCAAAGAGUGGGACAGAGUCUAUGACUACGAUGUGUACAACGAUUUGGGUGAGCCUGACAAAGGUUCAAACUUUGUUCGUAAAACCCUUGGAGGGAAUAGCGAGUUCCCUUACCCUCGCAGAGGAAGAACAGGCAGAGCAGCCACCAAAACAGAUUCUAAAAGUGAGAGCAGGCUGAAACAAGUGAACCUUAUGAAACCACUGGAUCCCAUUGAAUCUUUAGACAUUUAUGUUCCACGAGAUGAACGAUUUGGUCACUUGAAGAUGGCAGAUUUUCUUGCUUAUGCAAUUAAGUCUUUGUCUCAAGCCAUCGUACCUGCGCUGAAACAUUUCUUUGACCAGACCCGAAACGAGUUUGACAACUUCAAAGAAAUACAUGACUUGUAUGAAGGAGGAAUUAAGCUACCAACGUCAGUACUUGACAAUAUUAGGAAAAAUGUUCCUGUCGACCUGUUCAGGGAAAUACUCCGAUCUGACGGUGAACAAUUCCUUAAGUUUCCUAUACCUGACGUUAUUAAAGAGAGUAAAUCUGCAUGGAGGACUGACGAAGAAUUUGGAAGAGAAAUGGUUGCUGGUGUUCACCCUAUCCUCAUUCAAUGCCUCAAGACAUUCCCACCGACCAGCAAGCUAGACCCAGAAUUAUAUGGUGAUCAGACUAGCACAAUUACUGAAGAACAUAUUCAGAAUUACUUGGAGGGGCUCGACGUACUUACGGCACUCAAUCAAAAUAAAUUAUUUAUAUUGAAUCACCACGAUUCAUUUAUUCCCUACCUGAGGAGGAUAAACACAACUUCUACAAAGGCUUAUGCAACUCGAACUCUCCUCUUUUUGACUAAUGACGGCACAUUGAAGCCUGUUGCCAUCGAAUUAAGCCUUCCACAUCUGGAUGGUGAUCAAUUUGGUGUGGUGAGUAAAGUAUAUACCCCUGCUGAAGAAGGUGUUGAAGGUACCAUUUGGCAACUGGCUAAAGCUUAUGCGGCUGUAAAUGAUUCUGGCUACCAUCAACUCAAUAGUCAUUGGUUGAAUACACAUGCUGUGAUUGAGCCGUUUGUGAUAGCAACAAACAGGCAGCUAAGUGCACUCCACCCAAUCUACAAACUUUUGCACCCCCAUUACCGUGAUACCAUGAACAUAAAUGCCCUUGCUAGGCAGAGUCUCGUCAGUGCUGAUGGCAUCAUAGAGUCCACAUUUUUUCAGGGAAAGUAUGCUCUGGAAUCGUCAGCAGUAGUUUAUAAGGAUUGGGUUUUUACUGAUCAAGCACUUCCAGCAGAUCUCCUUAAAAGAGGAAUGGCAGUAAAAGAUCAGAAUUCUCCUCAUGGGCUUCGCUUGCUAGUAGAGGAUUAUCCUUAUGCUGUCGAUGGGCUGGAGAUCUGGUCUGCAAUCAAUACAUGGGUUAAAGAAUACUGCUCCUUCUACUACAAGACUGAUGCUGCUAUCCAAAAAGACACAGAGCUUCAGGCAUGGUGGAAGGAAGUUAGGGAAGUGGGUCAUGGUGACAAGAAAAAUGAAGCUUGGUGGCCGAAAAUGCAAACUCGUGAGGAACUAGUUGAGUCAUGCACUAUACUCAUAUGGAUAUCUUCUGCUCUUCAUGCAGCUGUCAACUUUGGCCAGUAUGCUUUUACAGGGUACCUUCCAAACCGUCCCACAUUAAGCCGACGGUUCAUGCCUGAAGAGGGUACUCCAGAAUAUGAGCAGCUUAAAUCUGACCCUGAAAAGGCUUUCUUAUUGACAGUUACUCCAGAAUUCCAGAGCCUUAUUGGGAUUUCCCUUGUUGAGAUUUUGUCGAGGCAUGCUUCAGAUGAGCUCUAUCUUGGUCAGAGAGAAAAUCCUGACUGGACUUCAGAAGCUGAUCCCUUGCAAGCUUUUGAAAGAUUUGGAAACAAACUUGCUCAAAUUGAAGACAAAAUUGCAAGGAGAAAUAAUGAUGCGAAUAUGAAGAAUCGAGUUGGCCCAGUCAAUUUCCCAUAUGCUUUGCUCAUGCCUACGAGUGAUCAAGGGCUCACUGCCAGGGGAAUUCCUAACAGCAUCUCAAUCUAAAACUUGUCUCAUCGUAUUGAUGUUGUUGUUGUUGUUUUCCUUAUCUUUUUAUCUUUCAUUUCCUGGUUUUCCCUGAAAUAAUUGUGUGACAGUGUCAUGAAUUUGUGUGCAAGGCUUUGUGCUUUUGCAGCACUAAAUGCCUUGCACCAUAUGUGGUGCUUAUUCUUGUAUGAACCUUUUUUAGUACAACAACAAUUAAUAAAGCUUAUUUUAAUGCUUUUUGCAAUAAUGCUUAAAAA